AUGUUACCACAGUAUCCCCCAGUAUUGAGCUUGAAACACGUUGAUAUGGGUCGUAAAGGAAAGAAUACAUCGUUCGAUUUACGUCAAUUAAUAAUUUUUCAUCGUGGAGAAAGAAAGCCUUACCGCGACAUUAGUUCUUUACUUAAAAUCAGUAAAAGUACGGUCGCUGACAUUGUUAGGAGGUUUAAGGAUGAAGAUCGUAUCGACUUUAUUCCUCAAUCUGGUCGACCAGCCGCUCUAACUGCGAGAGAAAAAAGAGGAAUGGUUCGAAAUAUUAAAGCAAAUUUUCGAUUAAGUGCUUCGAAAUUGGCGGCAGAACAUUACGAAGAGACAGGAACACAAGUUCAUCCCGAAACAAUUCGGAGACUUCUUAGGUAA